CACUACCGGAAGUGUGCUCUUCCUUGCGCCCCGUCCUCUUCCUGCGCGAUCGAGGGCCGCCCAGCGAUGAAGUCCGCCUUCGUCACCGUCGGGACCACCAGCUUCGACGACCUCGUCGCUGCCAUCGCGGCUCCGGAGGCUGUGAAGGUUUUGCAGGAUCUUGGCUACCGGAAACUGGUCCUCCAGGUCGGCAGGGGCUCCAUUUGCCCAGACCCAUUCAGCACGAACGCAUUCACAUUGGAAGUCUUCAGGUUUAAGAACUCACUCACGGAAGAGGUGCAAGCUGCAGACCUGGUUAUAAGUCAUGCAGGGGCCGGCAGCUGCUUGGAGGUCUUGGAAGCUGGCAAACCGCUCCUGGUUGUUGUCAAUGACAAACUUAUGGACAACCAUCAGUUAGAACUGGCAAGACAGCUGCACAGAGAUGGGCAUCUGUUUUAUUGCAGUAGCAGAGACCUUGUGGAGACCCUCCGAUCCAUGGACUUGUCGACCCUGAAGCCUUUUCCUCGUGGACAGCCAGAAAAGUUUGCAGCAUUCUUGGACAAAGCGAUUGCCUGGCUGUGUUUCCCUGUCUUUCCCUUCCUGGAGAGGAGCGCCAUGCAGAAGGGCUGGAAGAAGUACUUUGGGCAGAAGUCGCUCAGCGAGGUGACCAUGGACGAGUACCUGGGCAGCCUGGGCCUCUACCGCAAGCUCACCGCCAAGGACGCCUCCUGCCUCUUCCGAGCCAUUUCUGAGCAGGUGUAUGCUUGCCAGAUCCAUCACAUGGCGGUCAGAAAAGCUUGCGUGGCCUUCCUAAGGAAAAACAAGCAGAGUUUUGAGUCUUAUGUGGAAGGAUCGUUUGAGAAAUACCUGGAACGGCUUGGAGACCCCAAGGAAAGUGCUGGACAACUAGAAAUCAGUGCUUUCUCCUUGAUCUAUAAUCGAGACUUCAUUCUCUACCGACAUCCUGGAAAACCGCCUUCUUAUGCUACCGACAAUGGCUUUGAAGAAAAGAUACUACUGUGUUCCUCCAGUAAUGGCCACUAUGAUUCUGUGUACAGCAAACAAUUCCAGGCAAAUGCUGCCAUUUGUCAAGCUGUCUUGUAUGAGAUCCUGUACAAAGAUGUCUUCAAAGUGGACGAGGAAGAACUGAGGAUGGCGCUGGAGAUGUUUCGGAGCGGGUCCAAGAAGAACAGGAACAGCACCUCGGUCGAGAGCGAGGAGGCCAAUUUCGAGGCCCUUCCCGAGAGAGGCUUCCGAAGUUCUCCAGAAAAGAGCACUGGACAGCACCAGCGCUGUUUAAAUCUCUAUGUUUCAUUCUCUCUCAGGCUGGACGAUUGGGAAAGAUUUGAGCCAGCGAACCAGCUGGAGGAAAACUGCAAACAAGGCGUUGAAGAGGCAAAGCCUCCGGAGAACCCAAAGAUGCCUUUUCCCUACAAAGUUCUGAAAGCAUUGGACCCUGAAAUCUAUCGCAACAUUGAGUUUGAUGUUUGGUUGGAUAGUAGGAAAGAACUUCAAAAAAUGGACUACUUGGUGUUUGCUGGGAGACAGUACUAUCUGGGGGACAAGUGUCAGGUACGCCUAGACGCCGGGGGCAAAUACUACAAUGCGCACAUCCAGGAUGUGGGGCAGGAUAACAUGGUGACUGUCUUCAUUGAAGAGCUGGCAGAAAAACACCUUGUUCCACUGGUGAAUUUGAAGCCUGUGACACAAGUGACGCCGAUCCCUGCAUGGAAUAUAGUCUCAGGUCGGAAAGGAGGAGGCUACCAGAAGCUGUCAGGUGGGUUUUUUCCACUCUUUAUCUCAUUGGUCCCUCCAGAUAUGGACAUAAAAUCACGGAAGAAGCUGUUCAAGAAAGUCAGGGGGAAGGAGGUCUACAUGACGGUGGCCUACAGCCGAGGGCACGCCGUCCUCCCUCCGCGGCUCCAGCAUGGCCUUUCGUCGGGACGAUCCUCUCCGGUCCAUUGUUCUCAAAACGGAGGCCACAUAAGCCCUUACGAACAUUACCAGCCUCCGAAUUGCCAGCGCUCUGGCAGGGGAUAUGGGAUGUCCAGGGGGUCUGCCCGGUUUAUAAACAGGAACAACAUAGUCGGUCCUGAAAUGGCUUUCUAUCCUACAGCAGGAAAGAGAUGCUAUCAGAGCUACGACAACUUCUCAUAUAGGUCACGCUCAUACAGCCGGAGUCGCCGCCAGAUGCAAUGUGUCAACAAGGAGUGCCAGUACGGAUUUUCACCGGAAAAUGGCGAGGAACCUCAAGGUUUGGAAGAAACCAUCACUUUCUAUGAAAUAGAAGAAGGAGAUGACACAACCUUUCCUGCAUUGCCCAACCAGGGCAACCCGGCUCCAAUUGUCCCUGCUUCGACCGGAUUUUGGGUUGCCAGAAGGGCCCCGAGCCCCAUUCCGCCAAACAAACAGGGUCUCAAUUCCUCUGAGGAAGAAGUCGAAGAACCAAGUGACAAUGGGGAGUAUCAUGAAGAUUAUCUCUUUGCCCCUUCAGAUCCAGACUGUGAAUCUCCAGCCGUGUUUACUGCUGCUGAAUCUACGGCAAACUUAGUCCUGGUGAAUUCGGCAGUCAUUUCUUCCUCCUCAUGCGCCAAUCCUGCUCCGGCCUCCAUCUUCUCCUCCAGUGCAGCAGCACCUUCUCAAGUCAGCGCCACUACAUCCGCUCCUCAAAAUGCUGUGCAACCUAUCAUCGUAUCUCCUUCUGUGGGAAGACCAGUGGUGAUUCCUUCGGCUCCUUACCCCUACCAGUCUCCUGUGCCAAACAGUGAUGUGGGGGAAAACGGGAAUGUGACCCCACCAUAUUCCUGCGACCCAAAUGGCAGUGACCUCCCCAGGGAUCCAAAGAUUGUGCAGUAUUACUUCAACUUGGGCUUGCAGUAUUACCACCAAAGCUGCUGGAACCCCAUGAUGUAUGUGCAGCAGGUGCCUCCAUCUCCGCACAUGGAAGCCUACCAGCCAUAUCCAGAGCCAGUCCCGGUGGUAGACCCAUCCAUGCCUCCACCAUACGCUGAAGUUGGAAGGAAUGACAUGCGCCAGGCCCAUAUGGAUGCAUCAGCAAAUGGAGCUUUACCCAUCGCAGAGCCUCCGCUGCCACCUCACGGAGCUGUUUACUACCCCGUCGUCCCUGAUCCUUAUGCUCAGCCACCUCUCUCCGGAUACGAGGCCUGCGUCCCCUUGGUGCCUGCCUACCACUACACUGGUCCUUGGUUUCCAGGAAGCCCGUCCUACGGCACUUCGGCCCGUGUCCAUAGCACCAUGAACCCUCCCCACUUCCCGCAGGUGGGCUACAUGGCCUCCUCGAACCCAGCACCACAUUUUGUCGCUCAGAAUAUGUAAACCCGGAAAAGGACCGGGUCACCAAACCAUUCCUGUUUCUUUGUGUUGCGUUCCUUGCGUUGCUUUUAUUUCUCUGCCUUCCUGUUUCGUUCCUGGGGCAUCGUUGUGGUAGGC